ACGUUUCUGUAUUCCGACACGACUCUGAAAGCGUAACGCUGAGAUUACUUUAUUACCCGUUUUCGAGUAUUCAUCCAUAAAAACCAGUAAAGCCCCAACAUUCGGGCUUACUUUUGUUUUGCUGUCUGAAACGCCUAGAUGGACCGGAAGCUCCGCUCUAAUGCAACCCUGCGAAUAAGAUGGAUGAGUCUCGCCGAGCCGACGUUCCCGGGACCUCCAAGGCCCGUGACAUGAAAUCUACUUUCCUGGACCUGCACUUCAAGUAGUGACCCUCCGACUUGCCGCUGCAGCUAGAACCGGUCUUACCUGCGGGUUCUCAGACGUCAGCGGGUGUAGCAACAAAUGGACAGGGUGGCUGCGCGCAAGAAAAUCGCCAUCGAACCGCAGCGCAACCAUAAAACAACACCCGAAUAAAACGGUUAAGCUUUGUGGUAAUGCCGUUCGAGGGAAAGCCGAGUCGAUCACGCGGGGCUGAGUGAGUGACAUGGCGGGAGCGCAGACCCGGCGGGUGGUGAUCGCGGUGGCCAUCUUCAUCUUAAUGAUGCUGUCCAUCUUGUACAGUGCCAGCACCAGCGACAGACAGGCGCCCUACGCGCCCUUCCACAUGGCCCAAAACCACACGCCCCGGCCCACCAACCUCAAGACAUGGGCCACCAAAGACGACUACGUGCCCGUUUUAGGUGAAGAGGUAAGGCCCACCGCGGUAUUACCUUUUCAACCUGCUGCGAUUUUGUUUUUUCAGCGAAUGACCCAGCACUGCCAGCACUGCGCCCUGGUCAGCAGCUCCAGCCACGUGCUGGGCACCAAAGCGGGCGAGCAGAUCGACGCCACUGAUUGCGUGAUCCGCAUGAACGACGCGCCGACGACGGGCUACGAGGCCGACGUGGGCAAGCGCACAACGCUGCGGGUGGUGGGCCACUCCAGCGUGUACCGGCUGGUCCGCCGCCCUGAUGAGUUCAUGGUUGGGGGCAUUGACGACCAGCCCAUCAUCGUCUUUUGGGGACCCCCCAGCAAGAUCACUGAGGACUCCCAAGGCACCAUGUACGGAUCAAUCCAGAAGAUUUGCUCCACCUACAAGCGGGCACUGUGUUUUACCUUGGCGCCUGAGAAAAUGUACAGAUUCGACAAGCUCUUUGAAUGGGAGACGGGCCGAGACAGAUUCAAAUCAAACUCGUGGCUGACCACGGGUUGGUUCACCAUGGUCAUCGCCAUCGAAAUAUGUGACAACAUCAAAGUGUACGGAAUGGUUCCGCCCAGUUACUGCGGGAACCAAACAAGAUCCAAGAUGCUGUAUCACUACUACAAGCCACGCGGUUCAGAUGAGUGCGUGAAAUUCCUGCAGAGCCAGAACAUCCAAAGAGGGAAUUACCAUCGCUUCAUCACUGAAAAGCAGGUGUUUGCCCGCUGGGCACAGCACUACAACAUCACCUUCGCGCAUCCCGAGUGGUGAGCGGACCCUUAGAUGCAGAAGAGCCGGAGAGGCAUUCAAUCUCAGGGAUCUCUUGCCCUCUCCAGUACUUCAGAUGUGACAGUUUGAUAUUUCUUUAUCCACCAUGUUACUGCUGUGCUGAUUUCGCAGGAUUUGGGGGACUGUGAGACCUGAAAAAUACAUAAAUAAAAAAAAAAUUCUAUGUAUACUA